ACCCAGCAGGUGCAGCCCGUGUUAUUUCAGUGAUUUGCAGCACGGUCCCGUCAGCAGAGCGCUGGACCCACGACGGCGGCAGCAGCGUCUUCUGGACCCAGGACGCGCACUGAGCAUCCUGGUCCCCGCAGUACAGGGACGGACCGAACACGUCCGCAGCUUGAAGCGGACUGCUUUUUGGACUUUGGGAAACAUCAGAGAACACACAUGUUCUCCUCUUUGUUUCUCUCUGCGUUUUUUUAAAGUAAGUGACUUUAAAUAAUCCAUGGCUUCGUCCGUGAGCGGCACAGAGGAGGUCCGAGUGUCGGCGCUGACGCCCCUGAAGUUGGUGGGACUGGUGUGCGUGUUCCUCGCGCUGUGCCUGGAUGUUGGGGCCAUUCUGAGCCCGGCGUGGGUCACGGCAGAUGACCAGUACUACUUAUCCUUGUGGGCGUCCUGCUGGAAGCUGCUCAGCUCCGUGGAGUGGUCCUGCAGCAACACGCUGGCCACGGACUGGCAGAUCGCCACGCUGGCCCUGCUGCUGGGGGGGGCGGCCCUCACCCUCUGCUCCUUCCUCGGAGCGCUCGUCUCCCUGUGCUUGGGCUCCAGGAGCCGCUGCUACAGGCCUGUGGCCGUCAUGCUGUUCUCGGCAGUUGUGCUUCAGGCGUGCAGCUUGGUCCUGUUCCCUAUCAAGUUUAUAGAGACAGUCAGUCUGAGAGUGUACCACGAGUUCAACUGGGGCUACGGCCUGGCCUGGGGAUCCACCAUCUUCUCCUUUGGAGGCGCCAUCCUCUACUGCCUCAACCCCAAGAACUACGAAGACUACUACUAAACAACGCAAACCAAGAAAAGGACAAAGAACCAAGGCUCUUUGUUUCACUCUUUGUGUCCUCGCAGUAAUAGGAACUUAAUGUGUCACAGUGCAAAACUGCAGACAAAAAUAUGUAUUUUUAGUGUUUACCAGAAACAAAUGCUUCCAUUUAUUACUGGAAACAUUACGUCUCAAAGACUAUAUUGACUGAUUGGACUGAAGUCCUAAGCUCUCUAAACCCAGCCGGGGUAAUCUGGGAGAAAAUGCCACCACUCGGAUAAGCGUGCGCCCCCUUUAAGUGGAACACGAGUAGAUUUCACAUUUGGACAGAAAAUCUGAGGGGAACAGAUGGAGUCACUGACCCCAUACCAGGAUGAACUGGUGGACUAAUUAACCAACCGAAGCGAGGAGCGGCUGAUAACAGAGUAUGAUGUAGAUACGAGCCAAUCAGUGGAUGAGGGGAUUCAGGGAGAAGGUCCUAUUGUAGUGAUGUCCGGAGGAAGACAACAAAGGAAAUGCAACAGAAAUAGUACAUUGGGAACUGGGAGUGCUUUUUUCUCCAUUACAGCGUAACACACUGAUGAAAGCAUGUCAUGAAGCUGCAACAAGCUGGCUCUGUUUUUUUUCUGUGCUGUGUCUAGAGAGAGUAAGAGAUACUGAUAAUAGACAAAAGCAGCGAAAAACAUUCCAUGAGCACCUUACGUGUUAUCACCAGGGUGAGGAGAACCAGUUUUGGGUUAAUGAAUAGCACAGACUGUCGCAUGUAAACAGAUAUAAAACUUUGUGUCUGCAAACGUAAGCCUGGAGCGUAACCUCCAAUUAGACCUGCUUUUAGUCCAAGUGUUGUAUUAAAUGUGCCGUCAACAUAAGUGUACUGCACACAAAGCACUGGGAAGAGAAAUGGCAAAUGACCAUGUCUGUGUAUGCACGUCUGCAUGAUCAUACGACCCAGUGCUCUCACACACUUCCUCAUGUGAUGCCUCCUUAUCUUCCCACUCUGAAGCGAAUGGGAAUGCUCCCAGUGGAGAACUCAAGUAGAGAGAAGCCGUGGAAGGAACCAAUGUCCAAUGUUAAACAGUCAUACUCAGCUUUGCAUCUAAGUUAGGAUCUGUGAUAUAGUGCAUAAGGAAACGUUAGAGCGCAUGAGUUGCAUUAGAAAGGCUUGAAUGACAAAGUUAAAAAUUGAAGCUGACAUACAACAAAGACUCAUGGAGCCAGAAGACAGAUGUACUCUGCUCAUGCCCAUACUCUCAUCUGCUACAGUAUUCCUCCUGCCUCAUUAGUGAUAGUGUGUUUGCAUGUCAUCACCAUUUGCUGCUGUACUUCUGAGGAUUACAAACAUAAUAAAGAUUUAUAGGUUAAAAAAAA